AUGUGGAUUCAUGAGAAUCCGUACUUUGAUCCCUCUUUCUCUCCCUCUCCUCAUCACCGCUGCAGGGGAGGAGGAGGGGAAGGGGCGGCCGCCCUUGCCGCCGAGGAAGAGCGGGCCAGGAACGAGGAGGUCUUUGCUCAGUUUGACACUGAGGGUGAUGGCAUUAUUGACGUGGAGAACAUGCUGGAGAUGCUGAAGAACUCCAGCGGAGCCAGUAUACAAAGAGAACUUAGUCAUGUGAUCCGGCAGCUUCAGGCUUGUUCCCUGGUUCCAGGUUUUGUAGACAUAUUUUCAGAAUCGAACGAGCGCCUUAGUCUCCAUGCUUCCAUGAUUUUGAGAUUCCUGCAUCGGCAUCGUAUCGCCAGCACGGUCAUCCCCUAUCCUGUUUUGGAGAACUUCAACAAUAUUUGCACUUUGCGGUCUUCGGUCCUGAAGGAUUCUUUAGACCGGCUUCUCCUAAAAGAAAAUGAGUGUCCGAGUGACUUAAGUGGCACCCAGGAGCUAGAGAAACUCAAGUUCGUUUCCAAGUGCUACGCUCACAUAGAGACGUCCUCCAAUUCCGCCGAUAUUUACAAAAUGGUAGACGGAGAGACGUUUUCGUUCUGGCAGUCGGACGGGAGCGCUCGAUCCCACUGGAUACGUUUAAAGAUGAAACCCGAGGUCGUCUUGAGGCACCUCUCCAUCGCCGUGGCCGCCAGCGACCAGAGCUACAUGCCUCAGCAAGUUACUGUUGCGGUGGGAAGGACCGUCGGCAAUCUCCAGGAGGUCCGCGAUGUUCACAUUCCCAGCAAUGUUACUGGAUAUGUGACAUUGUUGGAAAACGCUAACAUUAGUCAGAUGUACGUACAGAUCAACAUCAAGCGUUGCCUGAGCGACGGGUGCGACACCAGAAUCCACGGCCUCCGGGCCACGGGCUACCAAAGGGUGAAGAAGGGUGGCGUCUCCGUCUGCGAUGCUUCGGCGAUAUGGUACUGGUCGCUCCUGACCUCUCUGAUCACGGCGUCCAUGGACACCAACCCCGCCAUCGUACAAGCCAUCCUGCAGAAUACUCAGAAGGCGCUCCAGCAUAUGCCUCCCCUCUCCUUGUCCCCCGGUUCCACGGACGUCUCCAGUUUCUUAUCUCCCAGCGUCCUGGAAGAAGUGGACAGCUUCCUCCUGGGAAUCACUAGCUGUUGUGCAUCUCCAGACGUCGAUCUUACCUUGCUGGCUUUUUCCCUGGCCAGAGGGAGCAUAGCCAAAGUGCUGAAUUCGCUCAGCGCCAUCGCGGGCCAUCUGGAGACCCCUUAUAAAGCGGCUUCUCUGAUCGCUUCCAUGGCCAACGUCAGACAAAACUUGCUGUACAAAUACGGAACUCUCUUGCGGCUGACCCUGCAGGCCUGUGAUGUCAAAGGAAAGGAAGAUAAAUCAGGACCCGAAAAUCUCCUUGUGGAACCUUGGACUGGGGACGGCUUCCUUACAGAGACGGGAAAGAGGAGAGCCAGUGUCAUCCUCUCGAGCGGGACCGAGUCAGCUCUGCAGGUCACACAGAUCCGCAUCAAGGUACGGAAGGGAGCUAUCGGAGCCCGGUGCGGCUUGGUGUUCGCUUACAACUGCCCCUCAGAAAAAUUUCACGCGGAAGAACACUUCAAAAGAUUUGAGAGCUACGACAAGUGGAAGCUGGAGGAUUUCCGGCAUUUCUUAAAGACCAGGAGCAACCUUUCUCGCGAUGAGCUGGGAGAGCAGGAUCCGGUCGGUUGGUUCGAGUUGGAAGAGGAAUGGGAUGAAGUGGAAGUCAGAAUGCAGCAGUGCAGAAUUUCUAAGUACCUGAUGGUGAAGUUCUUGUGCACGAGGCAGGAGAAAGCCGAGCGCCUUGGGGUGCAAGGCUUGAGCGUUUUCGGGUACCUCCGUCCUCCGUCGGUGGAGCCGGACAGGAGCCAGAGCUGCCUGGAGUGCGGGAAGCCAGAGGGGGAUGCCGUGUGCGGGAUGACGCUGCUCCUCAAGACGCUCUCCUUCAUCCAGCAGGUGGCCCAGGACAUGGCUCAGAAGAAAGAAAGCGGCCUACGAUACAGAUCGUACUUGGACUUCUCAGGCCUGGAUUUGAAGCUUUUCUGGAAUUUCUACAGUCAACUCCAUCAAUUCCCGAGAGAAGAGUGCGUCGAUGCACGGAUCCUGUUGCUGCGUCUCCUCCAGAACUGCUUCCCGGUGCUUGCUUCGGAGGGCAAAACCACCAAGACUUCGGAAGCGGCUCCGAGCAAGACGCCUGACAGCAUAGAAGCGGCAGGGGAACUCUACAAGCAUCUGUGUGAAGUGGUGGACAGCAGUAGUGAGUCCACCUCCCUGACGACCUUGAAGCAGGAAGUGAAUAACACGCUCAUCAACGGAGCAGCCAUCUUUUUCCCCCACCGACACUCCCGGCGGGAGCAGCUUUUUGCAAUGUUGAAGAACAUCACAGAGCAGGAACACAAGCCUUCUGUCCAACUGGCUUUUAAAUCCCUCUGCACAUAUUUCAGUGACCAGGAUCCAGGCGGGCUUCUGUUACUACCAGACAGAGGAACGUUGGCAGAUUUUGACGUCAACCAAGUGCUGUCUGUGAUGGAAACCUUCCUGAUGGUGAUGAACAGAGAGUGUGAGAGGUUGAUGACGGGCAUCCCCCAGCAGGAUACCGGUCCGGUUCUCUCAACCUUGUUCUGGUCCGUGCAGGGCAGCCUUCUGUCUUGGUGCUACCUGCAGCUCAAGGGAAGCGACGCUGCUGCCCGGAAGCUGGCGGCAGAAGUUCUCACGAAGCACGUACAGCAGUUCCUCUCGAGUGUCCGGAUGAUCCUGGAGUCCCUCCUUUCCCGACACAGCAGCAAAACCAUCGUGGAAAGAUUGAGCAACUCUGUCUUCUCCAUGGUAGCCCGUCAGCUGAUAAUGUUCCUGCAGGAGUUCGCGGCUUUGGACAUUCCCCACCAGCCCCUCCUGCAAGAGCUCAGCCGGUUGACGAAGCCGCUCAACGCCCUGUCGGCAGACCCCGAGGACAGGCCAGACAAGAUGGGCUUGGAAAGUUGGCAGCAAGAGGAACCGGUGGUGCUGCGCACGUGGACGGCAGAAUCUCCCCACAACUACGAGAACAACUGUCACGACGUCACCGUCUUCCUUUGCCCGGGGGCAACUUACUUUGAGGUGGAGUUCGAUGAGAGAUGCGAAACAGAGAGGAGGUACGAUUACCUGGAAUUUACGGAUGCCAAAGGUGCCAAAACACGCUAUGAUACCAAAGUUGGCACAGACAAGUGGCCCAAGAAAGUGACCUUCAAGGCUGGCCUUCGGCUGCAGUUCCUCUUCCACUCGGACAGCAGCAAUAAUGAGUGGGGCUACAAGUUCACCGUCACCGCCUACGGCUUGCCCGAUAUCGAGGUUUCCUGGGGGCUGGACCUGCAUCUUUUGGUGGCCAGACUGAUGGGGCAGCUGGCUUCCCAGAGCAUGGCACUAAAAUCCCCACUGGAUACAGGAAGUGACAUGGAACUGCCUCCUGCGAAAGUGGCCGCCGUCCUUAACUCUCCUCUCUGGAAACCCGUCUUCACGCAUCCGAGACGUUCGGAGCCGAUGCCUAAAUCCCCUCGGCCAUGCCAGGCGCAUUCAGAAAGCAAGGAGGCCCUCUCCUCCGACGCCGAGUGCCACAAAUUCCUCCACAACUUCUCAAAGGGAGACCCCGCCUGGGAGUUGUUCUGUGGGCCAAAUUCUGAGCUUUUCAAAGGACUUAUCCAGGCAUGUAAAAAACAGGCCCCGAAGACGGAGAUAGUCUCUGGUUCUACGGUUGAUCAAGCUGUCCACUCUACGUUCGCUGCUUUGGUGUAUCUCUCUCCUGAUUUGUAUGGGAAGCUUCAGAAAUACGUCAACAGUGGAGGCAAAACACCCUUGAGUGAAGAGUUUGCCCAAGUGUAUUCUCUGGCUGAUGGGAUUAGAAUAUGGAUGCUAGAAAUGAAGCAGAAGUUUCUCGUGAACCAAGGUAGUGACAGGGAGGAGACUCAGGCGGGUGAGACGGUGGAAGUAAACCCAGAGACCCUUGCCCAGCAGUGCAUCCAGAAGAGUCUUCUGUUGCUGAGUUUUUCGCCGGCACGGGCCAAGGCGAAUGGCCAGGAUUCAGAGAACACGGAGGACUUGAGGCGGAGCCAUAAAGAUAAACGCCAAAGGACGAGUUCUAUUGUAGAAGCCGACUUCCAAGCCUCCGAUUCGACAUCUCCCUGCGGAGCAACCGGCCUGGCGUUCCCGCCGGCGGACUCUGACUUGAAGAGAACGCCGGCGCCGGACUCCCCGCAAGCGGAACUGCCCUGGGGGGCAUCCCAUAGUAAACCCCUGGAAGGGACCCCCCCGGACCAAGAAGAACCCUUGUCCCCUCCCUCGACUCCCACCCGCAAGCCCCCCUUCAACCGCGGACGGCUCCGCCUCCUCUCUUUCCGCUCCAUGGAGGAAUCCCGGCCUGCGCCGAGCAUUAAGGAGACAUAUCCCAUCUUGAAGCACACCUUGGACUUCAUUAAGGACCAGUCGGUUUCUCGUGAAAGUGUACUGAAAGUCCUGGCGUUGCGGAAAGCUCAGGCCAAAAACAUCCUGGAAGUCCUGAGGAUGAUCCUUCGGUGCCUGGAAUCUCUCGGGCAGCCUCACUGUUUCGUUCCCUCCUGCAUCAUUUUCCUGCUGGAACUUCUCGCCUGCCAGAAAGACUUCACAAACUAUUUCGGGCACUUAGAAGGCUGUGGGGCUGAGCUUCACCGAGAAAUACGGGAAUCCUACUACCAGCUUCUUCGUUUUUUGGUCAAUGCCCUGAAAGGAUUCAGCAGCAUCAGUGACAAAUCGUUGCUCCCUGCCUUGUCUUGCGUCCAGACGUCCCUCCUCUACCUCCUGGAUAUGGGUUGGGAGCCCAGUGACCUUUCCUUCUUUGUUGACCUGCAGCUGCCGCGUCUCCUCAUCGCCAUGUCGCGGGAGAACAUAAGCACCCACGAGAGCACCGUUUGUCCGCGGAGCGAAGAGGAAGAACUCGCAGACUAUAAACAGAACAUGGACUGGAUGGACGAGUGUCAAGAAGCCGUCUUUGAGAGCUGGUGUGACAAAAUAAGCCAAGCUGACCCAGAGAAGCAGAGAAAGAUGCACAUGUUCAUUGCCCGUUACUGUGACCUCCUUCACGUGGACAUCUCGUGCGACGGGUGUGAUGAAAUCGCUCCGUGGCAUCGUUACCGCUGCUUGCAGUGCAACGACAUGGAUCUUUGCAAAACCUGUUUUUUGGGGGGCGUGAGACCCGAAGGCCACGAGGCCAGCCACGACAUGGUGAACAUGGAGUACACGUGCAGCGGCUGCCGAGGCGUGAUCGUCGGCCAGCGCGUGAGCUGCGCCGAGUGCGAGGACUUGGACCUCUGCUUCGGGUGUUACUCGGCGAAGAAGCACUCAGACAGCCACCUGCCCACCCACAGCGUCACCGUGCACCCCAUGACGACCUUCCGGAUCAGCGACCGCCACCGGCUCAUCCAGCCGUACCUCCACAACUACUCCUGGCUGCUCUUCUCCGCCCUGGCUCUGUACAGCGCCGACUUGUCGAGCGGCGAACCGGCGGACGGAGAGCCUCCCGACCGGCAAGUCCUCGACCAUGCCAGAGCCCUCCAGCAGGAGUACGUCCACAUCAUCGGAGAUUGCUUGGUGAAAGUGCAGCACGGCAAAGGUUCAAAAACCCUCGGCCUCCUCUCCAUGCUGCCGGGAGGCGAACCUCUGUCCGAAAGUGUGACGCCCUCUGUUGAUUCUUCCAUAGAGAGUGACCUCCGAAAUUCUGCUGCUAAGAAGGCCGUGGAAAGUAGCAAGAUGACGCCCGCAUCUUUCAGCCAUUGCAAUGGUAGCAGAAACGCAAGUCGCAUUCAGGCCUCUGGGCCCCUGAAACGAGAGCCCAAAAUGAAGGCCGCGAGCAAGGCCUCCAACGGCCUUCCUCUGGUGAAGAAGCCAAAGCUACAGGAAAGAGAGGCAGUUGCUGCAAACUCAGACUUGGUUACAAAAGAAGCUGAAGCUGCCAGUAUUUCGACGCUGAAGAAAGCUGAGGAAAAAGCUGUUCCUAGUCAAGAAGAGAUUUUUGCUGAAUGUUUCCAGAAGAGGAUCCUUGGGCUGCUGGCGGCCAUGUUGCCUCGCCUGAACUCAGCCCUACCGACAUCUCUGGUCAACCUGGAGCAGGUCCUCCCCGUCAUGUUCCAGGUGGUGAUCUCGAACGCCGGCCACCUCAACGAAACCUACCACCUCACCCUGGGGCUCCUCGGGCAGCUGAUCCGGAGACUGACGCCCGCCCAAGUCGACGCGGCCGUCUCCAAAGUCCUCCCCGCCGAGCACAGCCUGGUGGCGGCUGGAGACGCUUCUUCGGUGCCCGAAGGCUGGAAGACGACCCAUCUCCUGUUCAGCCUCGGAGCUGUCUGUCUAGAUAGCCGCGUGGGUUUGGACUGGGCCUGCACCAUGGGGGACAUCCUCCGAGCCCUGAGCGCCUCCGCCCGGUGGCAGCCGGUGGUUGCGGCCUUCACCGACCACUGCAUCAAGCAACUCCCUUUCCAGCUAAAGCACACAAACAUCUUUACCUUCCUGGUGCUCGUCGGCUUCCCCGAGGUGCUGUGCACAGGAACCCGGUCGGUGUACAUGGAUAAUGCCAACGAGGCCCACAACGUGAUCGUCCUCAAGCACUUCACGGAGAAGAACAGGGCCGUCGUGGUGGACGUUAAAACCCGAAAGAGGAAAACAGUGAAGGACCUCCAGCUGAUCCAGCCCUGGGGGCGGGACGACAGCGCGUCGCAAGGCCAGCUGCGACAGUACCUCCAGGCCUUUGCAUCCGUGGCGACUCACCUCCUCCAGACCAACACCGACAGCAGCUGCCCGGAAGCCGUGGAGGCCACCUGGGUCUUGUCUUUGGCCCUGAAGGGCCUUCACAGGGCCCUGAAGACGCACGCCUUUGAAGAAAUCCGCACGGCGUUUCUCCAGACGGGGCUGCUUAAACUGCUGGUGAAGAAAUGUAGCAAGGGCACCGGCUUCAGCAAAACCUGGCUCCUUCAAGAUUUGGAGAUCUUGUCCAUCAUGCUUUACUCCUCCAAAAAGGAGCUCAGCUCCCUGGCUGAGCACAAGGACUCUGAACUCCACGAAGGGGAUCAGGAUCAGGCCGGCGAUCCUGACGCCGUCUCUCCCGCUGGGGCCGACGAGAGCCGGCUGGACCCCUUGGAGGGCUUGGACGAAACCACCAAAAUCUGCUUCCUGAUGACACACGAUGCCCUGGAUGCUCCGUUGCACAUUCUUCGAGCCAUGUACGAAUUGCAGAUGAAAAAGAGGGAUUCUUUCUUUCUGGAGGUUCAGAAACGGUUUGAUGGCGACGUGGUCACCACGGACGAGAGGAUCCGGACCCUGGCUCAAAAAUGGCAGCCGAGCAAGCGGUUGCGGUCGGAGGAGCAGAGUUCGAAGGCUCUGGAUACGGAUAUGAUCAUCGUACCUUGUCUGGCCAAGCCUGCCCCCUGCAGCCAAGCCACGGAGGAGUCGAACCCCGUCACCCAGAAGCUCAUCACCAACACGGAGAGCGACCUCCAGCUCAGCUACGCCAAGCAGCGUCGGACCAAGAGCGCCGCCCUCCUCCACAAGGAGCUGGACGCGCGGAGCAAGAAGGCCAUCCGGGGCUACCUCUACCGGGUCAACGAGGCCACGGCCGUCCUGUACGCCAGGCACGUCCUGGCGUUGCUACUGGCCAAGUGGCCGGAAGACGUGGCCAUCGGCGAGGAGACGUUGGAGCUCAGCGGCCCGGCCCACAUGACCUACAUCCUGGACAUGCUGCUGCAGCUGGAAGAGAAGCCGCUGUGUGAGAAGAUUCUCCUGAAAGUGCUUCGUGGAUGCAGGGAGAGCAUGCUGGCCACCAUGGCCCUCACCGCGUGCCAGUUCAUGGAAGAGCCGGGCAUGGCCGUCCAAGGGCGGGAAUCCAAGCAUCCCUAUAACAACAACACCAAUUUCGAGGAUAAGGUCCACAUUCCAGGAGCUAUCUACCUCUCGGUCAAAUUUGAUCCUCAGUGUAACACAGAAGAAGGUUGUGAUGAGCUGCUCAUUUCCAGCAGCAGCGAUUUCGCCCACGACCGGCACACCUUCAGCGGACCCCCCCACAAGUGGACCGAUUUCGAGCUUCCAGGAGAUACUCUGCACUACCGAUUCACCAGCGACAUGAGCAACACCGAGUGGGGCUACAAGUUCACGGUGACGGCCGGCCACCUGGGCCGUUUCCAGACAGGCUUCGAGGUCCUGAAGCAGAUGCUCUCCGAGGAAAGGGUCGUCCCCCACCUCCCGUUGGACAAAGUGUGGGCGUGGCAGGUGGGCGUGGCCUGCCGGCAAACCGGUCACCAGCGCCUGAAGGCCCUCCACUUGCUCCUGAAGAUCGUCCAGCGCUGCAGCGAGAGGGACUGUGACCUUACUUUGCUGAAGCCCCUCUGGCAACUUUUCAGCUGCAUGGAAAACAACAUGCAUCAAGACGUGACCAAGCCGGGGAUCCUCCUCCCUCUCCACCGGGCGCUCACCGAACUUUUCUUUGUUACCGAAAGCAAAGUCAGCGAACUUGGACAUCUGCAGGAAUACUUGCUUGCCUUAAACACGGAAGACCAUCUCCAUCACUGUACAGCACAGGCCCUGAGAAACAUUGCUGCUAUUAGCCUGGCCAUUAACUAUCCCAACAGAUCAACAAGCCCCUGGACUCUUUAACGGUUACCGGCUCUCGUGGCUCAGAACGAGACGCUUCUCAUCUGCAGGGAACUCUCGGCCGCCGCCGGCCUCUUCGCUCGGGCCAGGCACCAGGGGAAAACGAAAGGCGCCUCUCCUGCUUCCGUGUCGCCAGCCAGCCUCCCUUCCGCUCACCCCGCCAUGUAGAUUCCACCAAACCUAACGCGCAUUGCCCAGGAAACAGGGCUCACCACUCUGGAAGCACCCGGUGCAUCGUUCGGAGCCCCCAUGUAUGCACUUCUGUCGUAGCAUGUCCGUGGAACUGUAUUCAUUUUUCUAAAUUUGGGAUGGGCAGGAAAAAAAAAUCACAUGGAGCGGGAGGGGAGGACAUGCCCAGAAAGGAUUAGGACACAAAUCCUGCCUCCGGGCGGGGGGGGACGGUGUCCCAUCUUCGGCUCAUCCCGCACAGCAAGGGCCACCCUCCCUGCUCCACAAAAUCAGCGAAGGAAACCAAAACGGGCCGUGCCCGACCCUGCAAAGAAGCCGAGGAGGGUUUUCAGCGAGUCUAAGGAGCGUUUCCAUCUUGCAUUCUUUAUCCUUUUUGUGAAAAGGGGGCUCCGGUCCCCAGCGAGGAGAACCCCCGCCCCCUUGUAGUUCCCAUAGAGAAAGAAAAGAGGGGGAAGGUGGAUGCCUGUCAGUGGAAUGGAAGGAUUAGGCAGCCGGCUGACGGAGGAACUGCCACCUUUCCUGCUCAGUAGCAACCCUCUGCGGGGUCCUGGUUUCUUCUCCUUUGACGCAGCCGCUGUGUCUCGGAAGGUGCGUAACUAGUUGUUCAUGAGAGGUGAGAGAAGGCGAGGAAAUGUCUGUCCUGAGAUUACACCAGGAAAGAAGAAUCUACGCCCGCCAUCAUGGUCUCGGUCUAUCCUGAGCUAUGGCCGCGUAAGAAAUCUCAAGCAUCCGGCGACGAGCCCGCCUUGCUUCAUUGAGCAAUAACGGCAAAGCUUUUCCCUGAAUGUGGAGAUCGCAGGCGAGGCCUCCGAAGUGAACCGAAUUGGCCCUGAUUUCUUGUCUCACGAGGACAAACCUUGUGAAAUGCAAGCGUCUUGCGGGGACAGUCUUAACAGAUGUUGUGCAGUCCUGUCCAGUCUCCCCCCACCCCCCAAAAUUGGUGGCUUUUAUUUUACUGGGCAGUAGCGUCUGCCUCGAACUUGGCAGGACCGUGUCUUCUGUCGGAGACCCUCUUCUGGAAGGUUCUGGGUUUGGAGGAAAGCUCGGGACCCCACACACUGAGCGGAAAGGAAAUCCGUCAGCGUAGGAAAGUGGGCAGAAACAGGUUCCACCGGAAGAAACCACCUUAAGGAGGGACGAGCGUCAGGUGAAGGACAGGGUCUAGAAUUAAAGAAGGCAUGAGAAGAAGCUGUUUCAGAGAUGCCUUGUGGAACAGGGAUGGGAGCCUCAUGGACUUUGGAGUUUCAACAUGGAUCUAAACCACGCUUGGUCCUUGAGGAAGAGCAUCAAUGCAGCAAGACCUCCCGGCGGUCUCUUAAAAGCAGGAGCCGUAACCCGCACACUUCUUUGAGGGCCGCAGCGUGUUUUCUGACAUGCACACCUAUGCACCCCACCUGGCUAGAGAGAGAGAGAGAUUGUUGUCAUGCUUUAGGAAAAGAAAAAUCCAUCUCAAGACGGAGAUCUCAGAAAGAGGUCCCUCGGUUUCCAAUCCGGGACUCCUCCGAGAUGAAUGACCGAAUUAAAUCUCUACGCUUUCCCUUCCUUAUUUUUCCCUCCUGCCAACAUUGAAAGCAGACACCCAAGCGAUGCCUCGAGGCCCCCAGCGGACAGCAUCCCGGUUUUCUCCCCUCCGAUUUCUGUUUGGUUCUUAAGAGUCUUGCUUUCGCCCCCCUCGCCUUGCGACUGAGGGGUUGCGCAGCUGGACCUUUGAAGCCAGUCUUUCCCUUCUUCCGGCCCCUCCGCACGGAGGUCUCCCUGCGGCCCGACCCGGGCUUCUGCUCCCGCCUUAUACUUACCCGGCUUGCUCUUCAACAAGAAGUCAUCAUCUUUCCGGUAGCCAAGAGGAGGCCAAUCAGAAACGGACCCCAGGCCAGAUCCCCUGCGCCCGCUCCCCCAAGAUCCUUAGGGCCAUCAAUCAAAAACAAAACGUGAUCUCUUAAGUUGUACAAAUCAUGAGCGGAAGGAGAGAAUGAAAUGUAACGUGCCUAUAACAAUGAUAGUGUGUGUAUUGAAUUAUAUCUGAUAUCUAUUAAGAAAGCACCACCCAAACCCAUUUCUUUCUUCUUAUUAUUAUUUUUUUACACCCCCAGCAUAAACACUUCAAAAGGGUGGUUGUUAAUUUUCCUUAACACGUUUAUUUUCUUUGAUUUUGUUCAAUUUAAUCAGGUGAGGGGUUUUUGAAGGGGGGAGGAGGGCGGUUUUGGGUUGAACGUUAUUAAAAACCAGCCCCUUAGAUUUCCCACCCAUUCCCCCGGUUUGGUUUCCUAUGUAUUUAAAAAAAAAGUUACAUAUGAGAUGGAUAUAUGCAAAUGAAAAGAUAUAUUGUAAAAAAAUCUAUUAA